UUCUGAAAGUUUUAAACAUCGAUGGGGAUCAGCAAAUCAAAACUUUGCACAUCUCCCAGUGACAAACAUUUGAAUGACUGUCUUCUUGCAGCAACAAGCAUCAACCACAUGGUAAAAAGAUGGUGAAGACAAUGCAAACACAGCCCUCUUAUUACUUGUGCCAUCGAGGUCAUUCAAGUGUCAAAACUGACCCAAGGGAUGCUGGAUGAACAAUGCACGAUGACACGCAACAAGAGUGCCUUAUCCAGGAUCUGGGAUUUCUGCACCAUUGAUAAAGAUUCACCCAACUACCUUGACCAUGUAUCGGAACAAGUGGACAAAUACAGGGGGCAGACUGUGCCUCUGGAGAAGCCAGCAGGGUAUCCAAUGAGAAUUGGGGGGCUAGAUGACACAAUCUAUGCAGAAAUGGAGGAUGAGCUUGAAGCAUGGGAAGAUUUCUACCUUCCUGAAAGAGUAGAGAUGAGAGUUAUCGGUGCCAUUGAUAUGUUCCCGAGUCUGGCAGUGGGUCUGCAGCUGAUCAUUCUGGCAGGCAAAGAUGGCAACAUCUAUGCUUAUGAAAAUGAGGUGUUGCACCAAGUGGCCGACAGCUUGCAGGACCUCUUCCAAAAGGGAAUUGAGUUUCCUGGAACCAAAGUCUACAACUAUGGGGAAUGUUUUGCUCCUAUGACGGAAGAAGAAUACGAUGAAUUAAUGCAGGAUGAAGAAGUAAAGAAAAUGAAAGAGGAGACCAGGGAAUUCAUCAAAAGCAACGAAGCCGAAUUUCUGAGCAUACUGGCCCGCAUUGAAGAAAAAGAGAAUGCAGAAAAGGUUGCGUCCAAUGCAGUUGUGCCUUCUGACCACCACCGCCCCAAGAAUGUUGUAGUUCAGUUGUGGAAGCAUGCAGAUGAAUCGUUCAUAUUUCAUUUAAAUGAUGCCUAUUAUGAGAUGUGGUGCAAGAUCUUCCAGCUGCUAGGGCUGACACGUGAAGAGCUGAAAAGUAAUGGGACUUGUAGAAAGUUGAGGCGCUGUUUCAGAGCUCUUCCAUGUGCCGCACAGACUCUCCUCUUGAGUACAUCAUGAUUUUUAAAGUCUGUGCCUUUGGUCCUGAAAAGAGAAUUGUCCCACAACUGCAAUGGCACCCAAACAGUUACAUGUUAACUGCCAAUGCAGGAUGAGUAUUUUGAAGAGUGCUCAAUAAAUUAUCAAAGGGCUUGCUCAACUCCAAAGAAAACUUGAAUCUUAAUUCACAACAUUCACUUUGGGUGCUUUGGUCAAAGAUAAAUAUUACAUUUUACCAUAAGACCAGCACUCACUUCAAAUUUAAUUAUUAAUUUAUUUAAGACAUUUUUUUCUUUUUUUAAAUGGCAGCUACGCAAGCACAGACAGACACGUUGUGGCUAGAUGCCUUCCUCAGAGUGCAUUCAAACAAACUUAAUUACAUUUUUAUACAAUUGAUUGGUGAUUAUUAUAAUUUGUUAAUUAAUUUGCUCUUAAAGGGAAAGUCAACAUUACAAUAAAACAAUACACAAAAGAAAAACAAGCUAUUUUUAUUUCUGUAGUUUUAUUGUAGUGUUGGCUUUCCUUUUUUAAGAGCAAAUUAAUUAAUUAUAAUAAUCACCAAUCAAUUACUGUGAAGCCGUAAAUAUUUGCGAGCCUUUUAUGGUGCAUUUUUCACGUAUGAAAAAAAAACGCAAACAUUGUUGGCACUAAUAUCAAACUCCACUAACAAUACAUACUUCAUAUAUUGCAAAAGGUAGCCAUAUUUUCUGGAGCAAAAUAGGUUUUAUGGGUGUGAUUCGCCAAAUAGUUUGGUUGCAAAUAUGUAUGGCUUUACAGUAUAUAAAAAAGUAAUUCAUUUUGUUUGACGCUCAGAGGAAGGCAUCAGUGAUCUUGUUGGCAAUGCUAGAAGCUUAGAUCUAUUUAAAAGCCAAGGUUAGCACUCUUUGAAAUAUACAGUUGUGUUCAAAAGUUUGGAAACAGCAAGAUUAGGGCUGGGGAUUGUAUUGAAGGUUUUCCUCACUCAGUUCCCUUUUCUUAAUAUCUUGGUACCCCUGAGUGGAUGAUCCUCAUUUGCUGUUUCCAAACUUUUGAACACUCCAGUUUAUAGUUAUGCACUGACACUCAUCAUGGGAUAUUGACCUGCUGCUAAAUGUUUAACUGUCAGUGUUAUAUGGUGGGACAGCCACUUACUCAGGAUAUUUUUAGUUCUCUCGAAGCAUCCCGAUAAACAGGGCAGACUGUACAAUGCUUAAAGGGAUGCAAUCAUGUAUAUCUACCUUGUAAAGAAGCUCAAAAGGCGAAACUCUCUUAUACUGUGGUGUUUGGUGAGCCAAAUAAGAGUAUACAUUUGCAUAGUGCUUAAAGGGAUACAUACAGCUGUGUCAUGUGUAUCUACGUUGUGUAUACAGCCAGAUUUUCUGAUUAUCCCUGUGUUUUCAAUUUUAAGAAUAUAGAUUUUUCACUGGAAAUCUAAAAAUAUAGUUUUGGAAAGUGCUGCACUGACAUUACUGAUUAUUUCUGUAUCAAUAAAGAAAAUUUGAUGAAGAA